AUGAUUUUAAAAGAAUUCAAUAAAGAAGUCUGUUGGCUUUUUGAUGACUACAAUAAAAGACUAGAUUCGUUGACAUUGUUGUCACUCAACAACAUUCAUUAUAUUGUCAAUCCAUAUCAAUACUACAGUUUCGAGAAGUUGGUAUAUUUGAAAAACUUGAGUUUGUCAAAUAACGAUCUACCCUCAAUUCCUAAUUUAAGCACAUUAAUCAACUUGAAAGCCCUCAAUUUAACCAAAAAUAGAAUUCAGAAACUUGAUAACUUAUCCAACUUGAUCAACUUGAGAAAACUAUAUUUAAAUGAAAAUCAAAUUGAAAAAAUAGAAAACAUAUCACGUCUUGCAAGAUUGGAACUACUUUCAUUAAAUAAAAACAAAAUCGACAAACUACAGGGUCUUGAUAAGCAAACUAGUUUGGAAAAGUUAUACUUGAGUGAGAACAAUAUAAACAGCUUAGAAGGAUUAUCUAGUUUGGUGAAUUUAAAAAUCUUAAGCUUGGAAAAUAACAAAAUUCCAAAUAUAGGAACUAGUUUAGCCAGGCUAGUCAAAUUAGAAAAUUUUUUGAAGUUGAGUGACAACCAAAUAGAGAAAAUAGAGGGAUUGGACAAUUUAAUACAGUUGGAGAAUUUGGAAUUAGAAAGAAAUAAAAUUAAAAAAAUUGAAGGUCUAACUACACUAACAAGAUUGAAAACGUUAUCUUUGACUAGGAAUAAAAUACUGAAAUUAGAAGGACUAUCAACUCUUAUAAAUUUACAGCUAUUUGGUGCUGUGUAUAAUCUGAUUUCAAAAAUAGAAGGAUUAUCGUAUUUAACUCUGUUGAAACUGUUAUACUUGGGCGGAAAUGAAAUCAUGAAAUUAGAAGGAUUGUCCAAUCUUGUUAAUUUAGAAUCUUUAUUAUUGGAACAGAAUCAAAUCAAAAAGUUGGAAAACAUUCUGAAUUUGGCUCGACUUCAGCUAUUGUAUAUCAGUGGCAAUGAAAUCAAAAAAUUGGAAAACUUGGAUCAGUUGAGCAAACUUAGAGAUUUCAAUAUUCUGUAUAAUUUGAUUGAGAAUGUUGAGAAUAUU